AUGGCUUUUCCUUUACUGAUAUGCAUGUAUGAGUGUGUUUUUAUCUUUUUAUGCCGUGUAGGCUCGUUACAGUAUGGUUUUGUAUGUUGUGUAUUUCUUCAUUUUGCAUGUUUUCUCGUUCUUAUUGCAUGCAAGACCUGGCAAAAAUCAACCUGCGUUUGGGUACAUUUCCAACGAUAUCAGCUCUUUUAUUCUCUCUGUUAUAAUUCACGAUAG